UGCCCAUAAAAAGGAGAACUGCUGUCUGAGAGCGGAGUUUCUCCACACUGGAGCUGGUUUCAAGAAAGGAGAGAUGCGCUGUUGGUGCGUCCGGCUGGACCCGGCCCUCCUGGGCCUCCUGGCCGCCUGCUGCGCCCUCUGUGCGGCCGACGUCGGGGAUUUCGCUCCGUGCCUGAACUUCUUCUACAAGGCCUGGCCUCCCAAAGGUCUGACUGGGACCCCCAUCUGCCAGCGGUUCUCCAACCGGUACCACUUCGCCACCCUGUACAGCCGGCCGCGCCGAGCGCCCUGGCUCUCCGCCUACGUCUACUCGGUGCCGUCUGGAAAGAGGCCGGCCGACUGCUGGAAGUUUGAACCACAGCUGGCCUACCCAGGAGCUGAUGGGAACAUGGCGCCCUUUCCCCCGGGACCCCUGGACCAGAACGUGGUGGAGAGCCAGGCGGUGGAGCCGGACUACAUCCACUCCUCGUACAACCGCGGCCACCUGAACCCCAGCCUGCACCACCAGAGCCACGAGCGCCGCUUGGCCACCUUCACGCUCACCAACGCCGUGCCUCAGAAGAUGGGCUCCAACCAGGGCCCCUGGGAGUCCCUGGAGCAGGUCGUCAACAAGUCCCUGUCGGCGUUCUGUCUCGGCGAGGCCUACGUGGUCACCGGCGUCAUCCCGUACAAGGAGGACGACCGCUGGCUCAGGAACCACCGCGUGGCGGUGCCGGAGUACCUGUGGUCUGCCUACUGCUGCCCGGAGUACAACCAGAGCCUCCCAGACUGGCUGAGGGACGCCUUCCCCACCUACGCUGCCAUCGGCCGCAACGACCCCAACAGCACCGAGGAGAUCGUGCCCAUCGACAAGCAGGCCAAGAAGGCCUUCCUGGGGUACGACGUCCUGCGCAUGCCGCUGGACACACUGGAGAUGCACCUGAAGGACCGGCUGAGCGCCGACUUCAGCGUGUUCUAUGAGCAGUGUGGCAAAUCUGACCCAUCCCGAGAAAACUGAUCGAAAUCGUGAAACCACUAAAACCGACCUCUAUGGGAAGGAUCCGCUCAACCGGAUCCUCUCUUCAAAAGAGAAGAACGUCUUUCCGGGCAUCCUUCAUACUGUCAGAGGGGUUUACAAACAGCCUGAAGAUCUUUGGACCAAACAAAAGAACUUGUUGAAACAAGAGCGUCAGAAAGGAUUCAUUGUGUUUAAGGUUUGUUCAGGUUUUCUGAAGGUGAACGUGGAGAUCGUAUUAGGCUGAUGCAUGAGCGAUAAUCCAGCGGUGAGACAGUGGAGACGAACAGAACAAGACUAACUGAAGUAAGAAUUUAUGAGAAACCUGAAGAUAAACACACCGCGAGUCUUGAUUUUCUGAGUAUGUGAGUGAACCCUGUGCAUUGAUCAGACAGUUCAUGGGAAAUCCCUCAAAUUAGCCAGCAGGGGGCGUCACUGUGCAGCACAUUGGCAGAUCCUGUUUAUUUUACAGUACUACAGUUGUGGAGAUGAUUUAGAAAAUUCAGGAUUUUUGUCAUUUUGAGAAGUUUUAGGACACUUUGGUGGAGAUUUGAUUAUAUAGUGAAUAUGUAAUGGAGUAUUUAUACUGACGUUCAGGUCUAAGUCUGUAUCUUUCAAUAUUUCAGCGGUUUGGCCGACAGGGUUAAAUCUCUCUGGAGGGAGCAUUCUUCAGCCCAACUCAGUCUAAUCUCUUUAUCUGUGAUCUCAUUAAUCUCAUUUUGUUAUGAGAGCGACUGAGCUCCUUUAGGUAACGACGGCUUCAGGCUGGGAGCUGAGCUGAUCCACCACGACGGACCGGUCUGUGCUGCCAAACCCUGCUGAGGCCGACCGGCGCCAGCCAAAGGCUCAGAAACUGGUUCUGCGCUGCAGGGACCAGCAAAGAACCUAAAACACGAGUAAUUACCAGGGAUCAAUCACUCCGUCGGUACAGUCGGUACAACUCGUAAUGCCUCAAGUGAAAUCAGAAGAAAUAUCAAGACAGGAAAACUGAGGGGAAAAGUUAAGCUUUUUUAUGAUAUAUUGAUAUAUUGAUAGGAAUGGAUAUGUAAACCAUUUUGAACUCAGGCUGUAGAGUUACAGGAUUCCUUCUUUGCACUGUUUAUAUCCUCUUCUUAAAUCAUGUAUAAUUAGAACCAGUGCUUUUGAAACCACAUCCUCCACUGGAGCAUGUUCUUUAAUAAAAGAGAUGUGACUCAUGGAAACGUU